CAAAUCAGUAUGCUUACCAGAACAGCAACAAUAGUCAGAAUGGUAGACUUACCCAAAAGGAAGAAGAACAGAUAUUCUACAUUUAUCAUCCAAGAACAAUCCCGCAAUAGUUUUGCAAAAAAAAUCAAUAAAUAUGGACAUUUCAUCAAAAAUUAUCAGAGAAAAGGUUCAGAGAAGCAUAUCCAGCUGAAUCAUGCCAUUAAGAAAAAUCUAACCCAAAAACUGCCGCCAAGGAUCUCAUCAUCUAGCACUAAAUUGAACUCUUUGAAGUUAGCCAAACUUGAUUCUAAAAAGAAUGAUUCAUCAUCGGAGGAGUAUGAGACUCCUUUUAAAAAGAUAAAGUAUCAUAGCAUUAGGAACACUCCAACGAGGAAAUAAGAGUCUAAAUUUGAGGCCUCUUCCAAUGUUGCCAAAUGUUAGGGAUCUCCUCCUACCUCCAGCACUACAGAAGAAGAACAAAAAUAGAACUUGAAGUCACCAAAGAAACGAUUUGGGACUAACUCCAUUGCAAAAGCGGAGUGCAGGCAUGGACUUGAAAUUGGACACAAAUUUAAUGAAGAAGAUAUCUGCUCCAAAUUCUUCAGACCAUGUUCCUUCAGAUAAAGCAUUCUCUCUGAACUCGAAACCUCCGCUUUCGGCUCAGUUGAAGAACACGACAUCUGGGAAGACCAAAGGAAAAGCUUUAUCGUUUCUUCCUCAUAAUUUUAAGAUCAAAAAUAAAGCAAAUUGUAAUUCAUUGAUCCAGUCACUUCUAAAAAGAUCUGUAGAGUACAGGAAGAAGUUUGAUACAAGUGUAAGACUUCCAAAGCUAAAUCAGAACAGUAUGUAAACCUAAUCCUUUUCAAUAAUAAUC